CUGUCAGUGUCUGCUAGAGGGUCCCUCGGAACGAAACGUCAAAUCGUACGUCAAAUGGAGAAAUGUCAGAAAUCAGUUGACCAUCAGAAGUCGUCACUUUAGGAUACUCUAGGUUACAUUGUACAAUAUUUCACUCUCUUCUUAGCAAACUGUGCAUCAUGAACGAUUAUGGGAUUCCGAUGAUCGAACCUACCGUUGACUUUACUAAGGUCCCGCCGAUUCAUCAAAAAAGAACUAUAACGUUCGUUAAUCAUUUUAUUGUACAUACGGUAACAUUUUUGAACAAGUUCGCUCUAUCCUGCGAGGAAAAACUGUUUGAGUUUGAGAAUAAAUUGCAAAAAGUUGAAGCGUCGCUAGGAAUCCUUGAAUCUAGGCUCGCGUCGAUACCAGAGAUUGACUUUCCAACAAAGACAGAGUCUUCACCAAUCACUGAAUCAAGUGAUCAAAAACAGAAAACGGUGGAACAAGACCAGACAAAUGAGAUUGAAGCGGUGAAAGCUGAGUUGAUUGAUGAAAGAAGUGAAAUUAGUAACACGCAACCCAUCAGUAAAGAUCCACGAUAUGCAAAAUUCUUUAAAAUGCUUCAGUUUGGCGUACCUGCGCAGGCUGUCAAACUGAAAAUGAAACAAGAGGGUCUAGAUCCACUUUUGCUAGAGGGCUAUGUACUGGGAUAGGGUGAAAUGCUGUUACAAAAAUGUCAAACAAUCUUCAUAGACCCGCUGUAGCCUUCUUUUCAGUUUGUCAAUCCUGAUCAGUUGGUUCCAAUAACGGAAAUAGUUGAAACAAAUACAACUACUGAUGAGGAUGAUGCUUGAUAAUAAACUGAAGAGUAAAGGAAGUAUGCAUAUGAAACAGUAAGGUACAAAGAGUAUUUACAGCGCUCACGAAGUAAAAUUUUUGUCAUGUUGGAAAAAUUUUGACAGACCCAGUUGAUAGAAAAGAAAAGAAAACGUAAUAUAUGCAUUGUUGUUUGAUAUAACCAUUUAGUAAAUAAACACAUUUCAAAUCUUGAACGAUUUAUUUUAUUUUUUUGUUUGUAUAGUUACAAUCUUAAACGCAAGGUUUAGAACUGGAUCAUCUGGCCCUGUAAACAGAAAACAAAAUAUUCUGCAAUUGGUUACUGGUUUAAAUUAAUUUUUAUGCGCGUUACUUCCAUUCGGUUUAAGUGCGUUAGUUGUGGGUAAAAUUCCUAGGGACAAAUAUCUCAAACUCUCAUCAGACUAAUAUCGAUAAAUGUUUCAAUCGCUUUUGAAAUAUCACCAUAUGGAAUUUCGAGACUUGUUUCAGAUUAUUUAAAUGGCACAAAGACUUAAACAAGUUUGAACUGUUUCGAAUCAAUUUCCACACAUUUCAGCACCGAAUAUAAAACGAUCUAGAUGCACUAGGUUUUGAAAAACCCACCUUCCUCUUCUUAUCACCUCCCAGCUCGAAAUGUUUGCAACGUUUAAGUGGGAUUUGCUUUCUGUACUUGCACUCAGUGCAUUCCAUCCUCAGCACAAUUUUCUUGGUUGUCUUAGCCUGCAAGGAAAAUAACGUCAAUCAAUAAAAUGCUCUCUGAGUUAUGACAUACUGAUCAGUUAGUCCAGUUCUGUAGAAGCUUCAAGCAUGACAACUCCAGAAAUGAAUGAAAAACCAAUGUUCCCAUCAGUUAAAAAAAAAAAAAAAUUACUCACUUUUUUUAUUAGAAUUUUUUAGAAAAGUUUUAGAAUUUUUAACCUACCUUAAAUUUGAAAAAAAAAAAAACUGUGGUAAAAUAUCAAAUGAGCUAUUAAAGUUAGCGAGUAAUAUGGAAUAAGAAUACGUACCUUCUUUCUGAAAAUGGGCUUCGUUUGACCUCCGAAACCUUGUUGCUUACGAUCAUAACGUCUUCGACCCUGAGACGCAUGCCUUUCCUUGCUUUUCUUAUAUUGGGUGACUUUGUGCGGCUUGUGGACCUUGCACUUCUUGCAGAACGUGCGCCUCUGUUUGGGUACGUUCACCUGUAACGAAAGUUGUUAAGCUCAGGAUGCAGGUAUCUGUGUGAAAUGCAGGCAGAAGAGCCCCAUGAGAUGUUCACGUACAAUAAAAACCUCGCGCAAUACAUGAAAUUUUUGGAAUUGUCCGUCUUAUCUAGUCCCCUCGUCGGUAACUGAUUUUUUAACAACGUAUUAAGAUUCAUUAGUAUCAGUACGGGAUUUCGAGGUUAUGUUGACCGUCUGUCAUGUCGUCCCUUUGAACGAGAUCGCGAACUGGCGAUUGAAGAGAAAUAUCAAUUGAAAUAUAGUGCUCGGGUGAUUUGAUUAUGAUAUGAUUCCAUUAAGAAAAUCAAUCUAUUCGUUUUGCAAGUCGAUGCUGAUGGAUGAAACUCCACAAAAUAAAACACACGAUUCACCUACCAUCUUGGUUGUUUAGAAGAAAAAGGAAGCGGAGGCAGGCCGGAAAUGCCUGUUAGCUGCGCGGUACGCUUGCGUAGACUUGUCCGCAUGAGUUUAAUACCAAUAUAUUCCACCGUUUUCUGAUCUCUUCAACCUCCGAUACUUCUUUCGAUCAAUAUCUCGAGCAAGGAACCGAUGACGAAUAAAAUAGGAAUCUUUUUUUCUACGUUAUUCACUGUCGAGUAAGAGUAUCACGUGCCGCUGCGAUACCCACGUAUAUUUGGUAGGUAAGCCGGCUUUUUCUCGUCAGGAAGUUUAACAGGAUUGAAUUAUUUCCGCUUAGUUAUUUUACGAAAUAGAAUUUUAGAUACCGUUAAAAAACUUUUUUGGACGUAAUUUGAGUAACAAUUUGAUCGGCGAAUUGCAGCGCUAAAGCCAGUUUGAAUCAAGCGACAAAGCCUCGAACCAGGGCUCCAAAGUACGCUUCGUACUCUCAAACCCCUCGUCCGCGGAAGUGAAUAAUUUUAUUUAUUCAAUAUAGAUAUUGAUUGCAAGGUGCGGCGAGGCCUGAAGAGAGAUCGACCAAUCAGGGAUUUAUCGAGCUUCAAACCCGCGCCAUCUUCAUUUUUGAACAAAGCCAGGUUGGACGGUACGCCGAGUGAGUGAAGUAGUCCGCUUCAGUCCGCUCCGAGGUCCGCUAGUCCUCCGCUUUCGUAAGCGUUUCGUGCACUCGCCGGAAACCGACGCCGCCGUCGUUGUGUCGUGUCCCACGCCGAAAUCGAGGCAUCGAAGACACACAAGUUUCUUACGUUUCAACAAUUACCAAAUUAGAAAAAAAAACCACCGUCGUCAUGAGUACCAAGGAGAAUAACGACGUUGCCGUCGAGAAGGCGAUUGAUAACGAAAAAACCUCAGAUGACGCGAAA